ACGAGUAUGGGACAGACCCAGGACAAAUUAGAAGGCGGAGAACAGACCCUUGUUGAGGAAUUGGAGGACGCACACUCCGACUGUGGAGAUUCAGACAGUCAAUCAGAUGAUGUCAUGAAGACAGGAAGUGCCUGUGAAGAGGAGGCUGGCAGCUCAGAGGGAAAAAAAUAUUCAGUGGAGCCAGACACGGAAGAUUUGGAUGAAAGUCACAAUCAGGACUUAAUAACACUUUCCAGUGAGAGGCACAUCAAUUUGUGGGUGAGGCAGUUUACUCCAAGCGAGGUGAAACAGGAAGGAGUGCCAGGAAGUGGUCCAGGAAGAGAAGAAGGAAGAAGGGCCACUCCGUUGGGUUCAGCAGGCCAAAACCGAAAAGGUAGAAUAACAACCGAGGAAAGAGCUUCGACAUACAAGGUGUUGACUAAAAAUAAGAUUGGAGAGAAGCGUGCUGAGAAGCAGUUUGAAGUCUCCACAAAGAUCAAAAUGGAAGACCAUUGUGAGGGCAACCAAAACAAAUGCGACUUGUAUGGCCAUAUCGCGCCCUCUUGGGAUUCAGACUCUCUAAUCCUACAAAUGGAAGCAAACAAAGCUCAUCAAGACACUGAUCUAUCGAAUUCACCUGCAGACACCGAACCCGGUUUUAUUUUGGAGAAGCUGCUGAAGAGAAACCGAAUUGAGACGUGUCCAUCUCUGGAAGAAAUACAGGAGGUGGAAACUGAUGAAUUGGACAUGGAGCUGGAUAUGACCACGCCUGUUGCUGCAGCAACCGAAUUCACCACUGAGGAAAGGAACACACCGGCAUACAGCACCCGGAGCAUAUUAUCAUCAUCUACAAUCAAAGCAACACAGGGCGACUUUGAAGUGGAAGAUACUGCUGACCGUUUGACCAAAAAAUCCAAUUUUUGCACAAGUGAUAUGGUGAAGAAAUCCACAAAGGCUCCAGACAACAAGGCAAUCAUUCCAAAUAAAGGUGCUUUAAACCCGUUACAAACUGCUUUACAUGAAAGAAGGUCUUGUGAGGGCAAGUCUGUGACCACUAAGGAGGCCGCGCCAUCCUUUCAGCCUGCUCCACUGAUAGAAAAUGAUGACCAUACAGCAAACUCAGAACAUAUGCCCCAAGAAAGUGAUGACCAAAUGACAAACUCUGAACAUCUUCCCCCGAGAACAAAUGAAGAUGCCAGCUCAAUUUCGAUCCCAUCCAAGACAAGAGAAAGUUACCCGAGGCAGAAUGUUCCCACGACAAACAAAGAAACUGAAACACCAGAGCAGCCUGACAAAAAAUUCGUCAGGGAAAGUGAUGCUGGAGUUUUAAUGAGAGAAAACCCCGCCGACACUGGCAGGUCGAGGCCUGUCUCUGAUCUCAUAAAAGAAAACAUACAGCUCCAUGAGAAGCGUCUCCACCAGGAUUGGUCCAAGCCCGCUGAAGUCAAAUGCGACGAGCAUAGUCAGUCUGUGAAGGUAGCACAGAUGAAGGCCACCUUUGACUCACCUCACAAAUCCCCAGAAAAACGAAUCGAGAGGAAGCCUUCUGUCAGAAAAGAUAUGAAAGGAGUUGUACGGAAGAGCAAAUUCCGUCACGUCUUCGGCCAGGCGGCGAAAAAUGAUCAGUGCUACGAUGAUAUCCGGGUGUCAAGGGUCACAUGGGAUAGCUCGUUCUGUGCGGUCAACCCGAAGUUUGUCGCCAUAAUUAUUGAAGCCAGCGGUGGUGGAGCUUUCCUGGUUCUCCCUCUAAAUAAGACGGGACGCAUCGACAAAGCCUGCCCGACAGUGUGCGGGCACACCAGUCCAGUGUUGGACAUUGACUGGUGCCCCCACAAUGAUCAGGUCAUCGCCAGCAGCUCUGAGGACUGCUCAGUGAUGGUGUGGCAAAUUCCUGAGAACGGCCUCGUGGCUCCCAUGUCCGAGCCCGCCGUGGAACUGAAAGGUCAUUCCAAGCGAGUCGGCGUAAUCACAUGGCACCCCACAGCUCGCAAUGUUCUUCUGAGUGCAGGUUGUGACAACGUGAUCAUCAUCUGGAACGUGGGCACAGGCGAGGCCAUGAUCACUUUGGAUGACAUGCAUCCCGAUAUGAUUUACAAUGUUUGCUGGAAUCGCAAUGGCAGUCUCAUCUGCACUGCCUGCAAGGACAAGUCUGUCCGUGUUAUUGACCCCCGCAAGGAGGAAAUUGUUGCUGAGAAAGAAAAGGCACAUGACGGCGGUCGUCCCAUGAGGGCUAUUUUUCUGAAGGAUGGCAAAAUCCUCACCACUGGUUUCAAUCGUAGGAGUGAGAGACUAAUCGCCCUGUGGGACACGAAAAACUUUGAGGAGCCCAUGACUAUGCAUUGCAUGGAUGCCAGCAACGGGGUGCUCUUGCCCUUCUAUGACCCAGACACCAACAUGGUUUACGUUUGUGGAAAGGGUGACAGCAGCAUCCGCUACUUUGAAGUGACAGAUGAAGAUCCAUAUGUUCACUUCCUUAGCAACUUUGUCUCCAAGGAGUCUCAGAGGGGCAUGGGCUACAUGCCAAAGAGGGGCCUCGAUGUCAACAAGUGUGAAAUUGCAAGGUUCUAUAAACUGCAUGAAAGGAAAUGUGAGCCUAUCGUGAUGACUGUACCAAGAAAGUCUGACCUGUUUCAGGAUGACUUGUACCCUGACACGGCUGGGCCUGACUCGGCCCUGGAGGCCGAGGAUUGGUUUGAGGGGAGGAAUGGUGACCCCAUCCUAAUCUCUCUCAAAAAUGGCUACGUUCCAACCAAGUCCCGUGAUUUCACGGUUGUCAAAAGGAACAUUUUAGAUGCCAAGGUGCCCAAGAGCACAGAGAACUCUUCCUCGGCCCAGAAUGCAUCGUUUCAGUCGGAUGCCAAGCUGGAAGAGAUUUUGAAAGAAAUCAAAUCCCUCAAGGACCUGGUCGGCAGUCAGGAGAAGCGACUUGUCACACUUGAAGAACAAAUGUCCAAACUUGCUAUUUAGGGACUCUUUGCCCGACCUGCUACAAUCCACCACGUUCCACUGGCUGGGAGGACGACACGACCAGUCACAGCCUAACUCCAUGACAGUGUUUCGUCUGGGGCCUGUCUUCGCGGCGAUCCCCAGCAACAUUCCAGAUGAACUUUUCCUAGCCAGACCCAAACCCUCUGCAUAACACAGUUGGAAUAAGGACAUGUGGCAACUUUUGCAGGAACUAUUCCUCCUUUUUUUUCCCCCUUACAAAGAACUGUUCCUCUUUCAUUCUGCGGCUUUUUUUUUAACUUGUAUAACACGUCUUACACUAUCAUUUCCCUUUUUUUUGACAAAAGGGUGAAAUAAUUUCCAAUAAAAACAUUCCCAAUUUUUUCCUUUUAAAUGUUUUGUUGCCAUACGACAAAAUCGGAAUGGCGAUAAAUUGAACUAUUUCUUUGCAUAAUGCUCACUUGGAUGACUUUGUUGAUGAUUGAGGCUGCACAAAUCAACAUUUACCUAUCUUGUUCUUUUGUCCUAUUUUUCUUAAUGUCACAUGCAUUCCUGUAUGCUUUGUGCGGUAAAUGAAAAUGUGCUCCUGUUAUUUUAAUGUGCAGCCCCUAAAAAUAACGCAUUCAUCAAUCACUAGAAAUCUCCUUGGCUUCUGGGAGAGGUUCAGGCACAUUCCACACACGAUAGUCGGGUGUAAUAAGAUCAUCGGUUGCCUUUGAGCAUCGCCAACAAUCAUGAAAAGAGAACGUGACAUUACAUAAUUGGUGAUCAAAUUGAAGAUUGCCACAGAAAAUGGCUCAAGAUAGAUUU